GCAGCAUGUCCCGCCCGUAGGAGCGCUGCUCCCCCGCCGGCAGAGCCCCGACCAUGCUGCCAUGCUUCCCUCUCUGCCUCCUGCCGCCUUCCCUCGCCGUCUGCCUGCUCCUCCUGCCCGGGGGGCACUCCUGCCCCGCUGCCUGCAGCUGCAUGGACUCCCACACCAUAGACUGCCGGGAUCAAGGGCUCCCCACCGUCCCCAACCCCUUCCCACUGGAUGUGCGGAAACUUCUGAUCGCUGAUAACAACAUUCAGGCGAUACCGGCUGAUUUCUUUAUCUUUUAUGGAGAUCUGGUCUAUUUGGACUUCAGGAAUAACUCCCUCACCUCUCUAGAGGAGGGCACUUUCAGCAGCUCUACCAAACUGGUGUACUUAGACUUAAGCUACAACAACUUAACGCAGCUGGACGCUGGGACAUUCAAAUCGGCAGAAAAACUUCUCAAAUUGAGCUUGGGAAACAAUAACCUGGUGGAUGUGGACGAGGCUGCUUUUGAGAACCUGGAACAGCUGCAGGUGUUAGAACUGAACGACAAUAACUUGCAGAGCCUGAAGGUGGCCGCCCUGGAAGCGCUGCCCUCCCUGCGCACCAUCCGCCUAGAGGGCAACCCCUGGGUCUGUGACUGUGACUUUGCCAAUCUGUUCAGCUGGAUACAGGACAACGCAUCUAAGCUCCAGAAAGGUCUCCAUGAAAUCCAGUGUUCCCUGCCUGUAGAAAACAGAAGAAUCUUUCUGAACGAAUUAUCUGAGGUCAGCUUUAGUGAAUGCAAAUUUAGUUUGUCCCUGACAGACCUUUUUAUCAUCAUCUUCUCUGGAGUGGCAGUGUCCAUCGCUGCCAUUCUGUCCAGCUUCUUCCUGGCCACCCUCGUGCACUGCUUCCAGAGAUGUGCUCCCAGUAAAGAUGACGAUGACGACGACGACGACAGUGAGGACUGA